AUGCCUUCACGGACUUUUUGCUCCCGUGCUCCACCCGUCUUGCGAGUGUUCAAGACCUCCCUGUACAAACAGGAAGUGAUGUAUACCGUGCUGGUCCACCGCCCGCACGAUAACGGGCGCUUCUCCGAGUACCCCGAGCUGCCCGAUGACGACCCGAACGCCGUCUGUGCUUACAGACGAGAAGAAAACAUCUUCAUCUGGAGGCCAGAGGCCAUGUGUAAGACACACUGGUAUCAGCUGAACUACAGACCUGAGUACAACCUGAUGGACGCCUGCGGCCCGAUUAAGGACCCUCAGUAUUAUGUUUGGGAUCACGUCGCCCUCGCCCUGCAUGUGGAGAGCGGAGAGGUGCUGAAGUUUGACUCCGAUCGACUGAGACAGAACCUCAAGUUCUGUGAGCGAGACGACGUGACCAUCGCACCGAAAUUCUACUUUGAUGAUUCUGAGGAAGCUCAGAGCGUGAUCGAAAGUCUGUGGCCCGAGUCGUCACUGGAGAAGGAUUUUGCAGCCAGUUUCGACAUCGUGGUACUGAAGACACCUCUGCAGCGUCCUGCUGCAAACGUUCAGUCUCUGGACAACAAACGGGACGAGCUGCGUGUUAAACAGAACAUCAGGUUGAGACAUGGCUGCAGCCCGGCGUCCCCGACUGUACCGGGGGACAGAACGAAGACCUCAGGCACGAAAAGGGGAGGAGGCGUGCGCUCCACGAUAGACUCUGAACUGUGGGUGGUAAGAGUUCGUAAGCACACCUCCUCAUCCCUUAAAGAAGCUUUAUCAAAGAGGAAAAUCUUCAGCCUAAUCAUCAACAUCUGUCUUCUGGAUCCAGCAGCUCCUGAAUUUGUUCUUUUACAAAGACGUGACAAAAACCUGAUGGAAGCUUGGGGGCCGAUCCAGGAUCCACAGUUUUAUGUUUGGGACCACGUCGCCAUCGCCCUGCAUGUGGAGGGAGGACAGGUGCUGAAGUUUGAGUCUGAUGAUCUGAGAAAGAACCUCACGUUCUGCGAGCGUGACGCUGUGACAGUCGCACCUGAAUCUGACUUUCAACAUUACAGGGAUGCUCAAAACCUGGUCGCUCGUUUGUGGCCACUGAAGAAGGAGGUUUCACUCCAGCAGAGGAUCAGAGGCGCUACAGAGUGAGGCUGUCUGUGGAGUUUCUCCACCUUUAUUCUCCUUUUCCUGAGCGACUGCAGCAUCACCGGCUGCACAGUGAACCAUGGUGGAGGUUACACAGAAGCAGCAGCCGAGAGGAACGAACACAGAAAACUGUUUGAUGUGACUUUUUUAUUCGAUUAGUUUAUUAAAGGUUUAUUACAUGAAUUUCCAAAGUGCACAGCAAAAAACCAAAGACAGAUAAAACAUAAACAUGUGAUUAUGUGUUUCACUGCACUGUCUGUGUGUGAUGUGUUCAUGUGACUCAAUCAAAGACUAAUUACUUUGUACACACAAAAAGUGGACAAUAAAGUUGUUUUGGAUA